AUCUAUACACAUGAAAAUAAUGGAGAAAUAUGUGCAUAUUAUUUACGCUCUUUAACCAUAUGCAUUUCAUUAAUUAUCUACACUUUUAUUAUUUAUAACUAUCAAACUAUAUAUAAAAAAACCUUAUGUCAUUUAGUCAAGUGUCAAAAUUUAGACCCAAAAAAAAAUCUACCGCCCAUCAGUCAUAGUAUAUGACCUUUUUUUUUAUCUAUCAUAUAUAUAUAUACACACACAUAAUUAGUCCAUAAAAGUGUUUCGCAUACUUUUUGACCGGGGCACUUAAUUAGCUGAUAUAAUUAAAUUACUAAACCCUUCUAUAAAAUAUAGAUUUGUGGAGAAGGCCGUGAGAGAGGUCAUGUAAGGUAUGAUAUAUGGUUGGCGAAAUCAUAUUUAAAGGGGCGUAAAGAGCAUCGUACCCUUUUUACUUCGUUUCCAAAACCAUCCUCUUAGAUGAACAAAGAGCCGCUUCAAAUUCCCACUUAGCGAAAACUAGGGUUUCCUUUUUUUUUUUUUGGUGGGUCGAGAUCCGUUCGAGAGAAGAUCUCGCGACGAUGAAGAAGAGGCAAGUCGUGAUCAAGCAAAGAAGAAGCUCGAUCUCGAACCCGACACCGACAUCUUCGUCGACGUCGGUUGUGAACAGUGUCGUUCGUUACGGCGAGUGUCGGAAGAACCACGCGGCGAACAUCGGCGGCUACGCCGUCGACGGCUGUCGGGAGUUCAUGGCGAGCGGUGGAGAAGGCACAGCCGGAGCCUUUUCGUGCGCCGCCUGCGGCUGCCACCGAAAUUUCCACCGGAAGGAAGUCGCCACCGAGGUUGUCUGUGAGUAUUCUCCUCCUAACGUUUCUUAUCAUUAAACAUAGAAAGCGGAAGGGCAAGAAAGAAAUCCGAAAAGGAAGAAGGGUUUUGAUCCUUUUUUUAAUUCUUACAUUUUCUCCUUUGUUUUCCCGUUGGAAUCCAUAGAUCCAUCGAUGAUACAUAGAUAUUUGUAUAUGGUUGUAUAUCAAACUUACAUAUCAAUUAUAUAUAUACAUGAGAAUUUAUGAUGUAUAUGAUAGAAAUUGUUUGUAUGCAUGUAUGAGGAUUCGAGUUUUAGACCAUGGUUUCGCUUUC